UUACUUCUGUAUCUCAUCAAAUUUUUACUCUAUGUUGACACAUUCCUUCUCCUUCUUCUCCUCCUCCUCCUCUUCCUCCACCUACUCUUCCUCCUACCCUCUCCUCCCUCUCCUUCUCCAACCCCAAAAUCAGUUUAGGAUUUGGGCACUGAAGGACUAUGGGCCAAAGAAACUCUACUUCUCUGCAUGAUUUCAUUCUGCUGGGCUUCUCUGACCAUCCCAAACUGGAGAUGGCCCUGUCAGGAGUUGUCGCCACCUUCUACUUGAUCACACUGGUCGGUAACACAGCCAUCAUUCUUGCGUCUCUCCUGGACUCCCACCUCCACACACCAAUGUACUUCUUCCUCCGGAAUUUAUCUUUCCCAGACCUAUGUUUCACAACGAGCAUCGUCCCUCAGAUGCUGGUUAACUUGUGGGGGCCUCAUAAGACCAUCAGCUAUGGGGGCUGUGUCAUUCAGCUCUAUGUUUAUAUGUGGUUGGGCUCCAUCGAGUGCCUUCUCCUAGCUGUUAUGUCCUACGAUCGUUUCACAGCUAUUUGUAAGCCCCUCCAUUAUUUGGUAAUCAUGAACCCACAUUUAUGUCUCAAGAUGAUUAUCAUGGUCUGGAGCAUUAGUUUGGCCAAUUCUGUUGUACUGUGUACACUCACUCUGAAUCUGCCUAGAUGUGGAAACAACCUUCUGGAUCAUUUCUUGUGUGAGUUGCCAGCUAUGCUCAAGGUAGCGUGUAUAGACACCACAGCAGUUGAAUUGUCUGUUUUUGCUUUAGGCAUCGCCAUUGUCCUUACACCACUCAUCCUUAUUCUUAUAUCCUAUGGCUACAUUGCCAAAGCUGUGCUGAGAAUGAAGUCAAGGGCAGGCCAGCGGAAAGCAAUCAAUACCUGUGGAUCUCAUCUCACCGUGGUGUCUAUCUUCUACGGAGCUAUUAUCUACAUGUACCUGCAACCAGGUAACAAUGCCUCCAGAGGUCAGGUCAUAUUUCUCACCCUCUUUUACACCAUCAUCACACCAAGUCUCAACCCUCUCAUUUACACUUUAAGGAAUAAAGACAUGAAGGAGGCACUGAAGAAGCUGAUGAGAGUUGAUCACAAAUCUACUAAAUCAAAAAGGACCUGGAAGUCAUAGAAAAAAUUAAUGUGAUGGAGGCAAUAAUAAGGUUAUCUAACUUUCAUUUUUACUGAGGCAAGUAAUCCCUAGAUCACAGAGAUCGAUUUAUGUAAUAAUUCUUAUAUGCAAACACUUUGUGGAUGCAAACAAUAUAACCACCCUACCUUUUCUGGCGUCUAAUCAUGACAUCAAUAUCAUUAUCUUGAGUAAUGGCUCUAAGUUACUUAAGCCUAUCUACCUCUUUAUCAUGAUACACAGGAGUGAGAAGGCACAAAUUAAAGGAUUUUAAAGGUGACAAAAAAGGCUUACUCAUUUCUCAUUCAUUCAUGAAAGAUUUAUUUCAUCAUUGUCUCAAUCCCAAUGGAAAGAAAAUAUGACAAGUUGGAGGUGAGUUAGGCUUUUGACAUAAAUCUACAUGGAAUUUACAUAAAUUUUGAGGGAUUGUACUAAUAUGUGUAUGUAGUGGAAUUUCAUAAAAUAAAUAUUUUCAUUGUCCUAUAUCAUGGUAUAAUGUUUAUAUUUUUAUGGGAAAAUGUGAUGAUGAAUAAAACUUUGGUAUUUUUCUAUGAUCUAAAACCUAUCUCUAAAAGACGGCUUUGUUUAAUAAUUGUAAUCCUUAUUAAUAAUUAUAAUCUGGAUGGAUUUGGAACUUUGGAUACAUUGUUGGACUUUAAAAGUAAAAGAAAAGGUAAUAUUUUCUCCUCUAUCACAUUACAAUUCUUGAAAUGUAAAGAAAGGAGGAGUCUUUGGAUAAUUUUCACUUCCCCAGUCUGAACGACAAUAAUGACUCACAUAAAACAUGUUUAAUUUGAUAAAGAAUAGUGUCGACGUUCUUAUGGUCCACGUAAUACCUUUUUAGAGUUGCCUUCAGAAACAGCUCACCAUCCCACAAAAAAAGGUUCACAGAGAGUACAUAAGUUCUGUGCCAAGUCUGCUCUUAGCUUAGUACCAUCUAUAAUUAAUAGGGCUAGAAAAUACAUUAAGACUUUGCUAUCUUCAAUUAUCCAAGCACACAAAAUACACAAUAGUAAUGGACUCAGGAGAAAAUUACAGGUUAUGCUCAUCAUUGUUUGUUUUCUUGCUUACACUUACUUUUAUUCUCUUUUCCAGUCUUUGGCAUUUGGGUUGCAAAUUGAACCAAAAUUUCAAAUACUUAACCUCCCUUUUAUUUCUCACAAUUAAUGGGUAUAUACUUGGAAUUUACAUUAAAUUACAAUAAAUCCUUUCAAGACACUGAACUUCUAUAAGCUAAUCAGGACUUCCAUAAUUUAGUCAGCCUGAUAUCACACUUGUGGAAUAAUAUGUCGCUUGAAAAAUGUAAGUGUAAUAGUAAGAGUAAUAGUAAUUAAAUCUAAUUUUCUCCUUGAGGAAAGGUUACUUUCCUAACUGAGUCUCACAUCAACAUCCAUGAGAGUUUACCACAGAUGCUCUAGCUCAUCUAACUUAAAUGCUCUGCUAGCACAGUGUCAAUAUUCUUGCAGAAGUAGAAAAGAUUAAUGAGGGGGAAAAAUUGUAUGAUACAAACACAUUAGACUAGGACUCAGAAGACCAGUCAUUGACCCUCAAUUUCUCUCCACUUGAGAAAAAAAUUGCUUAAUUUGUUCCAAGCCUCUGUGUGUUUAAUUUAAAAUGGAUAUUAAAGUGAUCUCCCUAUUUUCCUGCCACUUCUUUCAAUGGUUGCCUAAACUUAGCUUCACAAUCUUUGUCUCUACACAGAACAAACAGUAGUGGAUAUCUCGUGUGUGUGUAGGCAGUGGAGAGACUUUCCAAAUUGGGACAGUGCUGGGGGCCAGGCAGAGCACUAUCACUUGGAGCCAGCAGACUUUUCAAGGCAAGCAAAUGAUGAAUCUGAUUGACAGAAUUAAUUGCGUGCUUCCUGAUCUCUGUAUCAUAAGUUUAAAUGUGAAACUAUAUAUGCAAGCAAAAGUAACACCAUUUUAUCUAUUUGAAAAAACAACAUUGCAUAAUAUAAUUAGAAUCUACCCCGCAACGACUUAACCAUACGUGCUAAAUUAUUUUGCACAGGCAAAAAGUACAAAGGCUCUCAGAAAAGUAAUGGAUAAGUCUGAUUAGGAGGAAACGGAAAUAGGUUUAUGAAGUAGAUGGCACUUGAGAUGAACUCUAAAGGUUCUAUAAGAUCUGAAAACAGCAGAAAACAUCAAGGUGAAUAGGGUGUGGUAAAGUCAUGGAGGCUAAAAACCAGCACAGAUGUCUCUUAGAACAAAGAAUAUAAGUAAAAAGCCUCAGAGAUUAAAAAUGUGUUGAUAAACAGAAACCAGAUUGAGCAAUCAAUAAGAAUACAUGAAUGAAAUGCCCACUGUGUGAAAGGUAUUAUGAGAAAUCACCUUGUGUGUUUAAAUGUUAUAUGGUCAACAUUUGGGAACCACUGCUUUUGCUUUAGCAAAGAAAUAUGACAGAUAAAGAAAAUGCGGUAUAUAUAUAUAUAUAUAUAUAUAUAUAUAUAUACAUAUAUAUAUAUCCAUAGUUAUUAUAUGAUUAAUAUGAUGUAAACACCUGAAAAAUCUAUGCAAUUAUGUAAAUAAUAAUAUAUUAAUAUAUUAUUUAGCCAUAAAAAGGAAGGAGAUGCUGCCAUUUGCAAAAAAAAAGAUGGAACUUGAAAGCCUUAAGCUAAGUGAAAUAAAUCAAAGACUAAUAGUAUAUGACUUCACAUACACGUCACAUCUAAAAAAAGACUCAACAUAUUGAUACAGAAAACAGAUCGGUACUUGCCAGAGAGCAGGGCCCCACCCUGCUCCACAAAUGGGAAUUGGUAAAAUAGGCAAAGGUGGUCAAAAGGUGCAGACAUCCAGUUAUAAGAUAAAUGAGUCCUGGGGAUGUAACAUACAGCGUGGUGACUGUACUUAGCAAUCCUAUGUGGUUUAUUUGAGAGUUGCUAAGAGGAAAACUUAAAAGUUCCCACCACAAGAAAAAAAAAAUUGUAACUGUGUGUGGUGAUGAAAGUUAACUCAUUAUAGUAACUAUAACAUUGUACACCUAAAACCAAUACAAUUUUAUAUGUCCCACUGAUGUCUCAAUAAAAGUUGAAAUAAAUUUAAGACAAAUAUCAUAAAGAAAAGAACAUAUGUAUUAUUUAAUAUUCCUUCCACUAACGACAUUCACUAAUCAAGUAGCUCUGCCUGAAAAUGAUUCCCAAAAAAAA